AUGUCUGAAGCAGUUCGUAAAUUGAUCAAAUAUUACAAGCAAUUAAAGAAAGAUAUUGACAAUGGAAGCAUUGAUGGCCUCAUCGCUCAACCAAUGAAGGAUAACGUUCUUCACUGGACAGCCGUAAUUUUUGGUCCACAAGGAACCGACUGGGCAGACGGCAUUUUUGAACUUGAAAUGGUAUUUAAGGAUGAUUUCCCUAGAUCCGCUCCCGAAGUUAAGUUUAUUACCCCAGUUUAUCAUCCAAACGUAUACAGAGACGGAAAAAUUUGCUUAGAUAUGCUUCAAAAUAAAUGGACUCCUGCAUACGAUAUAUCCGCUAUUCUUAAUUCAAUUAGAUCUUUAUUUGAUGAUCCAAAUCCAGCUUCCCCUGCAAAUGGUGAAGCAGCAGAAGCUUUUCAGAAUAACAGACCUAAAUAUAAUGAAAAAGUUCAGCAGUGUGUCCGUGAAUCUAUUAGACUUUGGAAGGAAAAACAUCCAAAUAACUAA